ACUUAUUCAGUCGGCUAGAGGCAGAAAGAACCGCAGUACCUUUUUUUCUGAUCGCCUUUAAAGGGGACUUUCCGCCCAGCCUCAGUCGCGUAUAGACCACCCACGCACUUUUUUUUUUCGAGCAUCGAUUUCUCGUGAAAUUUGAUUAACGUAGAGGCAAAGAGAAUGAUGAGCAACGCCAAUACAGGAACCACGGAUCCUGCAGCCUUUCCCGGACAGGGAGGGCACCUUGGUCAACGCAACGUUCAGUUCCGUGUCUCGACAUCCCAGCAACAGCAGCUACACCAACGUCAACAACAGCAGCAUGAAGCGCCUGGGCUGGCCAAUAUCGCACAAAAGCCCCAGUCUUCGGACCAAUUAUAUGCACACCAGCGCUCUAUCUCGUCAUCAAAACAGGGGCAGCCUUCACAUCACCAUCAGCAGCAGCAGCAUCAUCAGCAGCAGCAACAUUCGAUGCAAUAUUCACAUCCAUCUCAACCACACGGCCAUUAUGCCUCGAAUCCACAACCGUCAACACAGCAACAGCAACAGCAGCAGCAGCAGCAGCAGCAGCGUCAGCAGCAACAGCAACACCAGCAGAGGCCACCGAUUCCACCCCCUCAUCAGCCUCGAUUACAUCACAGCAUCUCGGCGGGUAAUAUCUCGAUGAAUGCAAAUGCCGGUCGUCCUGGAAUUAAUCAGGGAGUAAGCAUUGGCGGGCCAGGUCUAAAUGCGGCAGCCGCACCACCAAAGAAAAAGGAUCCAUACGCGACUGCGUGGAGAACAUAUUCCAAGAUUGCGGAAGAGCUCCAGCUCCUGAACCCAGAUGGCAGUCUUUAUCCGAUUUCAAAGGAAGCGAUUCUGAAGUACUUGCAUCACCAGUCUAAGAGAAUCAAAUCCAGCAACCUUCAUUGGUAUGUCAACGGACUGAAGAAGCAUCAGGAAAACCUUGGGUUCCCCUGGGAUGACGUUCGAUAUGACGAGCAGGUCGUGGGUCUCCUCAAGGAACUGACGCUGCACCCGGUGACGAUGAACGAAAACGGGGAAGAUGAUGGGCAUGGACACGCAUACAACUCGCAGCCCAACCGCCAGCGACAGACUAGUUCUACGGGCAUAUAUCUGUCGGGCAAAAGUAGCCACCAUUACUCGUCUUCCUCGAUCGACACUACCCGGAUUGCCAACCUGUCCAUAUCUCAGCCGCCACUGCAUCACUCUCAACAGCAACAGCAGCAUCAAGGACAGCAAAAUCUGCAGCAGAUGUCACACAGUUCAAGCUAUGGGGCUGUAGGACAGACAGAGCAGCAUCAAAGCCAUCGUCAUUAUCUGCAGCAACCAAUGCAGCAGCAGCAACAACAGCAGAUGCAUAUGCAAUCUUCUCGGAUUCAGCAGGCCCCACCUCCAAAGCCCUAUUAUCAUUCUGCGCCGAUUCAGCUUGCACACCAUACGAGAACGCCAAGCGUACAGGACAUGAUAUACCAAAGUGGCGGUGGUCAUCAUCGAUCUCCGUCAGAUAGUAUUAGCUCUCCAGUGGAUGCGAAAUCUUUGCGCCUAGUAUCGAUUGGGAACCCAGCGAGCGCCUUAACGAAACGAAAGCGCGAUGACUUUGGAUGUAUCAAGCGGCGUGUUCCAUUGUUUAUGGGCAUCGGAGGAGAGGAAAAUGAGUUGGACGAACUUCAGGGCGACGAGGUUAAGGACAAUGAUUUCGAUCUGAACGAGCGACGAGCCCAUGACAUGGAUCACUUUGAUGACUUGGAUGACUCCAAUCGUUUCCAGUCUUUGAAGCGUCGUGCCUCGACGGGAACGUUGUUGAGCCAGGCCAGGGAAUCAGCGAUUAAAUCUGUCCCGGUCCCCUUUGCAGUGAAUCAGCACGGAUUAAGCCAGUAUCGCUACCAAAAGACACAUCUUCGAGACUCGUCGACAAGCAGCAAUAGUAGCAUCACCCAUCGACCCAAAGGCGACCAGCACCUUCGAUCGUCAUCCCCAGAUCUAGGGGACGAUGAGGGUCACUAUGCACUUCGCCGCGGCCUACGUGAUUCUCCACUGGAUUCUACCUCUCCGACCUCCCCAGUUGUGGGACAGCCACAUCUCAUUGAUGAACAAGGAUUGAGCCAGCAACAGUACCGUCAUUUGAGUAACGGGGGAGCAGUGGCCUCGUCUACCACCGGUGCGGCGACAGCACCUCUCCCGUCAUCUUCUACGACGACGGCGGGCACUACAGGAGGUACAACGGGCAAGACCACGGUCCAGUUCUCAGAGGUGGUCGAAUGCGCCCAGCUUCUACAGGCCAAAUACGGGAACCGAUGCAAGGAUCAUCCUUGGGGGUGUGUGAAAACCACAGAGAAUCGACAUUUAGAGCUCACUAUCAAAAUGUACCUGGAUUGGGCAGGACUUGUGGCGAGUGAACGGUUGACGAUGGACGACCUUCCAGAUCUCCCAGAGUUCAGGAUCAGCCAUCCCAUAGUCGGGGGCACAUUAAAGCGGAUGACGUCCACGCCGUUCAUCUCGUCUGCUACGAGUAGAUUAUCAGCAGGCACCAGUGAUGGCGUGUCCUCGCUGUCCUCAGCAUCCUUCGCAACCAUGACGCGUCACCAAGCGACUGCAGAUAAUCCUUCGUCACCGGGUUUAAGCGGUCGAAUCUAUCUUGGGCCUUAUCGAUCUCCAUCGUCGUCUCCUCCGAUUCAUGUUCUUCAUCAUGAUAAGGAUCUCACAACGGACGAGAGCAGUCUGCUCAGCCGAACCCGGUCCCCGCCACUAUCGGCCGCUGCGCAGAGAUCUAUUCCAUCACCACCUCCGGGGAUUUCGGAAGGUGACGGCGUUGGUGGCAAUAAUGGCCACGUUGUCCCACCGUACCAUGCCCGUGCGAGAAAGAUGCCUAGUAUUCCGGUGCUCGGCCACCAUCUGCGUCACCAGUCUUCAGGACAUCGCUUGCAGGAGGAACAUCAGCAGCAGCAUCACAUCAGACCGACCGUAUCGGCUUCGGUGGCGUCGUCUCCUUCUUCAGAGGCAGAUCUGUCGGACGAGGAUGAACUUGAGGAGGAUGAGGAGACGAUUGAUAUCAGCCAUUACGCACUGAGUCCAUGGGCAACUGCCCCAAGCGCUAAAGAGAUGAGGGCUCGAGCAAAUAUCGGUAACUCUACAACCAUGCAGCAGCAACCGCAGAAGGGUGUGUCCUCAGCACUCAAGGCGUCUGAUACUCUGCAGCUAGAGGAGAAUCGAAGUGAGAAACAAACCAAGGCAAACGAGGACGCGACUGAUAUGGCGGUAGAUACUGAGGACGUUGUUUCGGUCAUCGGUGAGAUCUCUGACGUGCCAGGUGCGGGCCCUGAAACAACAACAAUGAUAAUCGGCACAGCACAUAGCAGAGGAACGUCUGUGGACGCUGCAGCCAAAGUAUUGGACUCGAUGAUCAUUGGUCGACCUGGCGAUUCUGAGAACUUUGCUGCAGAAGAUGACCAAGGUCCUGGAUUGAAGGAUAUGCAUCCAUCAGCAGUAUUGGAUGCAGCAGAGCCGACUUUAGAAGAGUUGAGCAACAUUAUCGGAGGACAUAGACAUGAGCACGAAGCGCGUGUGAAGAACAAUGGGCUCGAUCAGGACCAGAACUUGGGACGACAGGACGAUGCAAGGAGAACCUUGAACCGUGAGGAGAAUGUCAUGAUGGAGACGUGAGGGGUCCCUUGGGGCGGGUAAGAAAGAGCGCAUUCGUGUAGACUACUGCGUGUGUUGCUCCAGGAUGGCC